CCACCACUGGCAGCAGCAGCAGCAGCAGCAGCAGCAGCAGCAGACUGAUGAUGGAAACGGAAACACGGAUGGAGCUGCAGUAGAGAUCCGGGGAGGAUGCUGCGGCUGUUUUGAGACAAACCGAGCCGUGUUCAGCCCCCGGUGUCCGCUGCACCUGAGGUGGAUGAUUUUCCCGAUGGGUUGUGGAGGGAGUCGGGCGGACGCGAUCAUCGAGCCGAGGUACCAUGAGAGCUGGACCAGAGAAACGGAAUCGACGUGGCUUACCAACACCGACGUAGAGACCUCUUUACCAGUAGCAAACAGUAAAGCUCUGGAGGCCAGUCUGAGGGAGAAGAGGAUGGUGAACACAGGCACCCAAUGUGGGAAGCAGGCCCUUACAUCCACUGGCUCUAACCACCAGAGGAGACCCAGGCGCUCCCUAAGUGAUCAAACCACUCGCGACUCCAAAAGGAGGGCAUCAAAAGAGGCUGGUGCUUUGUCUAAGGAUGGGCAGCCCGUCACUAUCAAUAGCAGUGGAGAUGCUGAACCUGGGAACGUGUGUGAUGAAAGAUGAAGACAAGCUAAGACUCUGCAAAGAGGAAGAUGGCCAGAACUGUGAGCAGUUCAACAGAAGAUGGGAUGGCGAUUUAAAGAAAGUGUAUGGAUGAUGUUUGCUAGUGACUUUUGCAAGAUCUUGGCCGUCGAUCUCAGUGAUUAACAACAUAAGCACCUGCAUAAUCUCCAUCCAAAGAUCUCGGGAUGCUGCAUCUUUGUUGUGCCAUUGCAAAUGCAUGUGUGAAGCAAGAGAGCGGGUCACAAACAGUGUUGCCGCCCUCCACCAUGCUUUUCUCCCAUGCUUAUGGUGCCGGUCAGGGAAUGUGUCACUGUUAAGCCAAUGUUCAGCAAACAAGAACAGACCGUCCCAUAUGCACAUGAUAAUCACAAUCUGCACAUCAAAUGUUUUCUGUGUGGGGCCUUCCUAAAGAAUCUGCUUCAGUUCUUUGUGCAAGUAUAUUCCUUUUGUUGUGAAUGAAAAAAAACAAUAAUGUGGGAACCAAUGAUGCUGUUUAAGCUCAGUCAAUGCUGUAAAUGAUUUUCAUUUAAGGAGACCCUGAAGUGCUGUUUAGAAACUGAGAGGUUUGAGAGGUUUGAAGCUUGAAGGCUGAAGACUGUCUUUUCCAGUCCUUGCAAGCUAAAGAAACAAACACACCCGCAUGUGCCUACAAUUCAUCUUGAUCUGAACUGCUCCUGUUUUCACUUUUUUAUUUUACUUUGUUCAGUAUUAUGUGUUCUCCAAUUCUCUUACAUCUUCUUUUAUGUUAUAUGAUGUUACCCUUUAUUAUGAUAUGUCAUUUGUGUGGCUUACACUGAUCUGCAUGUAUAACUUGAUCUCAAAUUGAUCAGUCAAACAAUAUGAAAAGCAAGCUAUCUGAAAGAAAACAUUUUGCCUAUCUGGUACACAUGAAAAUAGAAAAAUACCACUAAAAACUACAUGGGUCAUCAGGAAAGUGUGAUUUCUGGCCAGUAGAUGGCGGUGUGGGCCAGCAGGGAGUCUCACUAAUUGAACACUUGAAGAGAUUGCUACUGACAACAACCACUGCUGGAGAGUAAUUGAAAAGCAAUCAAUAUUUUAUUCAGAGUCUGACCCAACAUUUUAUGCUUGUGAUAACUGUUGCUUGUCAAGAGUUGAAAUGUGUACAGGCCAACAUUUGUGAUGGAAAACAAGAUUUUAACACAGUAUCUGCCACGUUUUUUCUUGUUUGAAUUAAAGUUGUCAGCUUCUUAAGUUGUGAAA